AUAUUAAUUGGUAAAAUAGAAAAAUUUACUGCUCGAGAAGCACUUAAAAAGCAUACUGGGCACUGGGCACUAGCUCAUCGCCAUCGGAAUUCAUUGGAAGUUCGCAUUAACAAUGGAGGAGACUUGUUUAAGGAUCAAAUUGAUUUUCGGUGGAGGCAUUCUCAGCGAUUCUCAGAAAUCAGAGGGUUUGAAGAAAACCUGGCUCCUCCUAAAACCCCAGCACCAUAGAACCAUCUCAGACCUCUGCUCCCAUAUCCUUCAGCUCUUCCAUCUCCAUGAAUCUUGCCCCGAUGGCCUCCUGUUCUACAUGGAUGAGUUUGUCUUGCCCCCAUUUGAGUCCACUAGUAUUCUGAAAAAUAAAGAUGUUAUCAGUGUGAAGAGAAAACUAGUCACACCAACCAUUGAAUGCUAUGAUGUACCUGUAAAUGUUGGACCUUUGCUUCUGGCAAAUGAGGAAUUUAACAAGGAAACUGGAGGUUAUGAGAGUGAGGAACCAGAAGAUGAUGGUAAAAUCCAGGUCCAUGAUACUUCUCCUCUUAAGGAUAAGUUGGGUGGAGAUGGUGUCUCCAAGAAAAGGAAGGCAUCAGAAAAACUCCAUAGCUCAAAGAAGAAGAAAAAGUGUUCAGAAGUUGAGGAGCCUGAUAUUGAUGUUCAGGUUGAGCAUGCCAAGAAACACCAACUAGUUGUGACAGGGAAGAAGAGUAAGCACAAGAAGCAGAAAAUAUCUGACUCAAAGGAGAAGGAUAAUGUCAAAAUGAGUGACGAUAAUGUUACUACACCUGUCGCAAACAAUAAUGAUAAGCUCCAAGAGACUGAAAAGGACAAUGUUGAUGCAACACCGAAGUUAGAGGAAACUCCAAAGCGCCGUAGUAGGAGUGCUAGAAGAAAAUCUGCAAAGAGGCAAUGGUUGCGGGAAAUGGCUAAAAUUCAGAAGACUAGUACUGAUUCUCAAUCAGAGGCACUUAGAAAUUGGAAAGAGAUGCAAUCUAAAUCUGGAAGAGAAGAGGCAGCUGGCCAACCAAAUGGACACAUGACAAAUGCUGAUUCUCGAUCAGAGGCACUUAGAAAUUGGAAAGAGAUGCAAUCUAAAGCUGGAAGAGAAGCGGCAGCUGCCCAACCAAAUGGACAUAAAACAAAUGCUGAUUCUCGAUCUGAGGCAAUUAGAAAUUGGAAAGAGAUGCAAUCUAAAGCUGGUAGAGAGGAGACAGCUUGUCAAUCAAACAGACAUCAGAAUUGGAAGAGGGGACAAGCUAGUGGAAGCGUUGAAGAAGGUGAUAAUCAACCAAAUGGAUGUCAAAACUGGAAGCAGGGGCAAGCUAGAGUGAAGAGUGGACAUGGUGUAAGUCCGCAAAAAGGACAUAAAAAUUGGAAGCAGGGACAAGCUAGGGCGAAGAGUGGAGAGGGUGUUAGUCUAGGACAUCAGGGACAAAGUACAUCUGACAGAAGGGAGGCCUCUGAUCAACUGAGGGGACUUCGAAAUUGGAAUGAAUUGCUUGCCAAUGAUAUGGUUAAAGAUGCAGAGAAACACACACAAUCAGAUACUAACAACAAUUCCUGUGAUGAUCCAAAUCAAAAUGGUGAUAGUGAAGAUGAAACUGAAGUUGUUCCUGUUGAAAUAAGGCCAGGACAUAUCCGAUUUGAGCCACUGGGGAAAGAACGAACUGUGGAACAGAAUCAAUUAAACAUGGAAAAUUUCAGGUGGAAUGGGAUCACUAGCAAGAAAAAGGGUCAGAAAUGGGGUACAGAGAAAUUUUCAUGUUCACCAAGAAAUGAACUUAAUGGUUCAAACAUAGAACAAUCUGGAAUGCCAAAUGAUGAAAAAACAACACAUUCUAAUGAACCAUUUGACUUUACCAAAUCUCCGUUCCUCUCUGGCUAUCCCAAGGAAGGUGAUGUGAUUGCAUAUAGGUUGCUUGAACUAUCAUCCACCUGGACCCCUGAGCUCUCCUGCUAUCAGGUUGGGAAAGUAUCAUCAUAUGAUUCUCAAUCAGGUAGAGUUUCAUUGACGCCAGUCCCUGAGUUUCCAAUUUCUAGUAAAAAGUCAGAUGGGGAUGAAUCUCCAAAUCAACCCAAUGAUUCUCUUUAUAAACAGGAUGGAUCAUUGGAGAUAGAUUUUUCGUCACUUGUUGAAGUUCGUAUUCUAGAACAUAAAACAAGAGUUCCUGGUAGCUCAAGUGAAUGUGCGGUUGGUGAGUUGACUGGCACUAAUGAUAUGCAAAUAACUGCUUCCAUUCCUGAAAACAGAGAUUUAAUCCACGGCAAUGAACAAAGGCAUUCUUCCAACCAAGAAAAUGGAGUAAACCUGUGGGAGCAAUUCAGCGAAACUCUAAAUGCAAAAAAGGAACAGCUUUCCAAGGAAAGUAAUUGGGAUAAGGGGGGAAGUUCAGGCAAGAGUUGGUCAUAUAAAGCACUGAGAGGCAGUGCAUUAGGCCCGACAAUGGCUUUUCUAAGAUCGAAAAAUCAGUUGUGAAUAGAAACAUUUACAUGUAUGGAACUCAUUUCUCCAUCGCAUGACCAAUAUUCCUGCUGUUUUUACCCCGAUGGAGAUGUCCAGCGUUGUGAGUUUUCCAACUAAACUAUUAGAAUUUUCACUAUAUCAGGCAGGAAGAAUUUUCACUCGGGAAGACAAGCUAGCAAGCUAGCGAACAUUGUUUGUGUAAGCAAUGUUGUUUCAUGAUAAUGAGUUUGCCAAUUACUAGUGUGUUUCAAACCAUUUGGGUUCAGUGGUAUUUGAACGGUUGCAU